ACCUGCCAUUCAAAACACAACCGCCGGCAUGGCGUCGGGCGACGAAAGUUCGCACGCUAAAUGUGAGAUGUUGGAGGCGAUAGACCGCGCCGGUGCGCGCACACCAGCGACCAGUUCGGCGACCUUGAGAUGGCUGGAGCGGUUUGGCCAGCGCCAAGCUACGCAGGGCGCGCUGCAUCGCGGCGCAGCAGGCGGCAAGGUUAUGUCACAAUGGAGACUCCAGGAAGCGCUUCGUAAAGCGGCCGCAGACCUGCCAGACAAGCCUAAAGUCUCGGACGCCGUGUUCUCGAAGAUAUUGCUGCUGAUGAAGUGGAAGCGAACGGCCAAGGAGCAGGCGGACGCACGGCCCUGCACCAUGGCCGCGAGACGCACACGGCUGCAGCGGCUCCGUGCGCUGACGGCACGAAUGUCCGCAGUGCAGGGUGCGGGUUUUAUCAACAACGGCGAGGAGCUGGGUGUGCUUGUGGACAUAGCCCUUGAGAAGGAAGUGGCGGAGCUGCAAGAGCGCAUGCUGGCUGCUGAGGAGCAUAAGAGCAAGGGCUUCACGAGUCCUUCCGACAUCCAGCGGCGAAUGCGGGUUGCCAUGCAAGGGGUGCGGCUGUGGCGCACGUCAUCCGUAGGCAACGGGAUUGACGACAGCUGGGACUCCAGCAGUGGCGGGGACACGGCGGGCGCAAGUGCGGAGGGCCACCUGCAGCAGCCCACGGGCGCACCAGGGCCAGAAGCGCUGCAGCAGCCUGCUGCCGAUGAACGGCACUGUGGGAGCGGGCAGCAACGGGCGCCGUCAACGCCUGUUGAGGGAGACAGCUGUGGGAGCGGUGGAUGGACAGCUGCUGGCAGCGGGGGCAGUAGCGCAUCAAUUCGCCCGCAGCUUCCCAUAGGUGGCCUCGAAGACGCAUGGGCACUCGGGCCGGAGUUUGCCGCGCUCCUGAUGAGCACAGCGGAGGUCGAUGACCCGGUGGGACUUGAGCUCCACGCCGGCAGCAGGGUGCCCGACCCGACAGCUGGCCACGCGGGGCUGCGGGCAAGCGGCGGCGGCGGCGGCGGCGGCGGCGGGACUUUGGGGAACCUGACUGCUGCUGGCUCGAUCCAGCGCUCCCUUCCCAGUCAGCGCAUGGGCAGCCGGCGCUUCCUACACAUGCAGUCCAUGAAUCGCUCAAUUUCAUCAGAUGCCGUAGGCCAGCUGGACCCGCUGUCAUCGGAACAGCAGGCGGGGCAGCAGCGGCGGCGGGCUGGCUUGCUAGGUGACGCCGACCAGCAGCAUUCGGCGGCAUCGGCCAACCCGGCCGGGUCACGUCACCACAGCAUCGCCGAGUCGGUCCUGAGCCUGGACAGCGCCGCGGGCGUCAGGCUGCUGCCCAUGCUGGCGGGCGGCGCAGGCAGCGGCAGCACCAGCCUCUUUCCAGCCACUACUGCGGCGACGGCAGCCGGCGGGAAUAAUGCACUGCACGGCACGACAGGCUCUCUGCAGCGGCUGCUGAGCAGGAGCGGCAGCAACUUCGCGACCCAGCAGCGGCGGCUGGUGCGGCAGUCGACGUUCCGAGACGACGCGGCUGAGAGUGCGCUAUUGUCAGCGCUUGGGGUGGGUGUGCACGGGUCAGGAGCCGAGGCGGCAAGCGCUGCCGGCUUGUGCGACGGCAGUGCAGAGGCUGAGAUCGCAGAUGCUGCUGGUAGCAGCGCGGCCGGCGCAGGGGUACCUACAGCCGGCGGAACUCCUACGGCGGCGGCGGGAGCGAAGCUAAGUGGCGUCCCCAACACGCGCGCCCCUGGCAAUAUUUGCAAGGGCGGCAUAGCCACGACCGCCACAAACAGUCAGUCAGCACCAGUGGCCUCAUCCGCAGCCGCACAUGUCAGGUGGCAAACUACCGGGAUGACGGGCGACAGCGACGGCGGGGUGUCAGAGGCGGAAGACGUUGCGGCGAUGGGCGCAGAGGCUGCGGUGAUGGGGCGCGCGGGGCACCGCUCCCCCAGCCACAUGGGCGGCCACAGCAGGUCUCGCGCGAUCAAGAUGGGCUCGACCGGCACGUGCAGCAGCAGCCACGUGCCUAGAUCCCGGUCGCCGUGCAGCAGCAGCCCCUGCGGCGGCCCCGUGCCGCAGCAGAGCCAGCAGCCGGCCACCGUCUCGCACCUGACGUUCUCCUGGGGCUGCGGCCUCGUGUCAUCUGCGCCGUCAGCAGCUGCCGCCGCGGACAGCCCGCAGCAGGGGCGGCAUUCGCCGCACCCCGGCCUGCUGCAGUCCACGAGCCGGAAGAAUCUGGUGGGCCGCAACAGCCCUUGUCCGGCGGCGCGCGGCAGUCUGGCAAGAAGCAGCAAUAACAAUAGCCCUCAGCAGCAGCCGUUGCCAGCCCUGCUGACGUCGCCAACGGCGGCCGGGCGGAUGGCUGGCGUCGGCGCAGUCCGGCGAUUUGUGAGCGCCAGUCUGGACUCCGCAACAGCCGGACCCUUUGGCCGCGGCGGCGGUUGCUCGUCACCCACACCAUCACCCAGCCAGCAGCCCCUGUACAGCCUGCAACCGCAGAGCCACCAGCAGCCGCAGCAGCAGCUGCAGCAGGCGCUGCUGCAGUACGGGCGCGCGGUGAGCCCAGGCCCGCUGGCAGCUAGGCAUUCUCCCGCGCAGCAGCCGGGCCACCUGGUGCAACCCGCCGCGGCCGGGCACAGCGUUGGGGCGGGCUUCGUGCCAGACAGCACUGGUAGCCGCGCUAGCCGCAUAAGCAUGGCACCUGGCAUUGUGCAUGGGGGCGGCCUGCACCUGGCCCCCGCCGCCGUGCGCGUGAGCCCGCUGCCGUUCGGAGGUUCGGCUUCAGGAAGUGCUUCGCCGGUGUUGGGCGAACGGGGGGAUGGCGCACGGUCACCAUUUGUCAAAUCCGCAUGCGGGCCCAGAUAAGCAGUGACACCGGGUACCGUGUGCUCCAAGUCAACGUGCCGCCGUACCAUACCGCAGUUUGAUCUCAAUCUGAGCUAGCGUCCGCCACUACCGAUCAAACAGAUGCACCGCAGCGGGAUGGCACGUGUUUGUAUAACGGGGGAAAUACGAGACGGGACGGAAGGUCUGUGGUGGCUGGUGCGAAUACGGUACCGCAUAAGUGCAUAACCGGUUGUGUGUUAAGACAGACGGGGUUGUGGUGGCUCGAGCGUAGUGCCGAGCGUUGCCCGUACGCCGAAAUGGUAGCUCUUUGUUCAGAGCUGCUGCUGCUGGCGCCCUUUACAGUGCUGCGGGCACUGCUGGUGCUUGACGUGAGACUUGAAGUUUGCACUGUGUAUGCAAGUAGGCCGUAAGAAGCACAGUG